AUGAAAGUUGAAAUGCAACUUGGGAGCGAGAAGUUAUCAAUUGAAACCGGAAAAGUUGCGAAACAGGCAGACGGUGCCGUCUGGGUACAAUACGGUGGAACGGUCGUUUUGGUCACAGUGGUAGCCGAUGAUAGUGAGCAUAACCUCGAUUUCUUUCCCUUAACAGUAGAUUACCGUGAGAGGGCUUACGCCGGUGGACGUAUACCGACAGUUUAUGGUAGACGCGAGCCACGUCCGGGAACCUCAGAACAGUUGGUGGCUCGAUUAAUAGACCACUGCAUCCGACCCCUUUUUCCAAAGGACUUUAAUGCUGAGGUGCAAGUUUUAUGUAACGUGUUUUCGUCGGAUGGUGUUCAUCCUGCGGAUGUACCAGCACUUAUUGGGACUUCUGCCGCAUUAUCUAUUUCCGAUAUACCCUUUAAUGGGCCUGUCGCCGCAGUCACCGUCGGAAAAGCCGAAGACCAAUUAAUAAUUAAUCCAACUUAUGAACAAUUGCAUGCCUCCGAUAUGGAGUUAUUCGUCAGUGGAAAGAUGGACGCGGUCAUGUCUGUUGAAGGCGGUGGAAGUGAAAUUCCUGAAGAUGAAGUCAUUGACACAAUUAUCACCGCACACGACCAGAUAAAAGAGGUCAUUAAACUCCAAGAGGGAUUGGCAGCAGGAUGCAGUAAUACGAAACGGGACUAUGCCUCCAAAAGUGUUGAAUCAGGUCUUAAUGACCAGGUUCGCAGUCUCGCAACAUCACGCAUUCGAGAAUCUAUCGGGAUGGUCGACAAGAAAUCUCGUGAAGAUUAUCUGGAACAGGUGCAGGAAGAUGUGCUGUCAGAAAUUUUUGAGGUGAUGCCAGAAGAUAGUGAUCCGAAUGCAGCGAAAGAUGCCAUCUCUGUCUUGAGUGAGAUCGAAAAAGAAGAGAUGCGACAGGCGAUUCUUACCCAAGGCAAACGUGUUGAUGGACGUGGCGUAACCGACAUUCGCUCUAUUUCAGGGGAAGUAGCACUCCUUCCACAUACGCACGGCUCCGCACUCUUUACGAGAGGGCAGACACAGGCACUCUGUGUAACCACUCUCGGCACGUCUGGCGAUGAAGAUGUCCAACGCGGACUUGAUGGCGAAGCAAGAAGUGCCUUCUAUCUACACUAUAAUUUCCCACCAUUCAGUACCGGCGAAGUCAAACGAAUGAUGGGACCUGGACGACGAGAGAUAGGACACGGAGCACUCGCUCAAAAAGCACUUGAACCCGUUAUUCCGAACAAGGAAGAGUUUCACUAUACCAUCCGCAUGGUUGCCGAAAUCUUAGAAUCUAAUGCCUCAUCCUCUAUGGCAACUGUCUGUGGCGCGACGCUCGCACUGUUAGAUGCAGGCGUACCGAUUAAAAGACCCGUCGCAGGAAUAGGUGUCGGGCUUAUUAAGGAAGGUGAGCAGGAAGCUAUACUCACCGAUAUGCUCGGUACCGAGGAUUUUCUCGGUGAUAUGGACUUUAAAGUUGCGGGGACCAGUGAAGGUGUUACCGCCGUGCAGAUGGACAUCAAGAUUGAGGGCAUGAAUGCUGUUAUAGCCGAGCCGCGUGCUGAACUUUCACCCUAUGCCCCGCGGAUUUACUCCCUCCAAAUCGCAACGCAGAAAAUUAAAGACCUCAUCGGACCUCGCGGUAAAACCGUACAAGGUAUCCAAGAGGAGACAAACACAACCAUUAACAUUGAAGAUGAUGGGACUGUGGAGGUCGCUGCGAUGAGCGCAGAAGAUGUCAAACGUGCUGAAGAGAAAAUCCGGGCAAUUACUGCCAUGCCUGAAAUCGACAAGGAGUACACCGGGAAAGUCGUACGGAUCGCAUCUUUCGGAGCGUUUGUGGAGAUCUUGCCCGGUAAAGAUGGACUCGUUCAUAUCUCGCAGAUGGGAGAUGGAUACGUCCGUCGUGCAGAGGAUGUUAUGCAGGUUGGUGACGAGGUCACCGUCCGUGUUCUCACAAUUGACGAUCAAGACCGCGUGGAUCUGGCACUUGUUGCCGCGAGGGGUGUCCCGGUUGAAGAACUGAAGGUUGAAUCCAAAUAUCUCGAGCAUAUCAGCACUAUCCGUAUCGCGCCUGUUGAAAUCUUAGAUGCGGAUUUUGCUUACGAUAACGCUUCCCAGCGACCCUACGAUGAAGUCAUUCAUGAAAAACUCACGCAACGUUUCAACCGGAAAUGGCGAGACGGAAACGAUUCCGAGUUUACAAUGCGGAUACAGGAUUUUGAUAUACGGGAGCAAGGCUAUGGCCCCCAAGGUGAAGUCGAAAUGGUGCGCAUGACUUUACAGAUUGAAUACGAAUUCCUUGACAGAAUUCGCAACGACAUGAUUGCUCAAACUGACAACCAUCUCCAAGUUCACGAUUUCUACAUUGUCCAAAAUCGGUCUGAACCCAUGGAAACCCGUGAAGAAGCCGAGAGGCGCAUUGUAGAGAACUGGUAG